UUUUGGACUUCCGGAAACAGCGCCCCUGCUGGUCAAAAAGAGAACCGCUUGUUGUGACCGGAGCGAUGCGUCCUUUCCUUUAUCAGAGAGUCAGCAAACGGGCUAACGAGGUGAGUCACGCGGGUUAGCUCGCUCGCGGCAUAGCUGUCCGGAGGUAAACAAACAUCAUGGCGGAGUCGUCGCCUCUGUCGGGCGUCAACGUGGUGCUGGUGAUGGCGUACGGGAGUCUGGUCUUCGUGCUCCUCUUCAUCUUCGUCAAAAGGCAGAUCAUGCGCUUCGCCAUGAGGUCCCGCCGCGGGCCGCACGCGCCCAUCGGUCACAACGCGCCGAAGGGUCUGAGGGAGAAAAUCGACUUCAGCCUGGCGAAGGUCCAGGAGAUCCGCUUCGAGCCGCGCCUGCUGUCGGAGGAAGACGACCGGCUGCUGCCCCGAUCUCACAUCAGUUGUUAUAACUAUCUGUUCCGAAUGAAAGCUCUGGACGCCAUCCGGGACUCUGGAAUUCCGCUGCAGGACAUAAGCCGCAACCCCAGCGGCUUUACGGGUCGGAACUUCAGGAAUUGGCUGCUGGAGCUGCGGAACUCCCACUCCCUGAUCAAAAGCAGCCGCAGCGCGCUCAUCGACCGCCUGCUGGAGGGGUACGACGACGCUCGCCAUGGAACGGGGGUGUUCGGGGAGGCCGAGUUUCUGGAAUACCAGCAAGCUCUUAACGAACUGGCUGAAGUGGUGAAGGCCUAUUCCAGUAACACCAGCCUGGACCAGUUCCACCAGUCGGCAGCUAAAGACCUGACGGGGUCCCCCGUCCGUGGCGCCCCGUCCACCAUCCAGGUGACCUACCUGCCCUCCGCGGGCCAGCGCAGCAAGAGGCCCAAACACUUCCUGGAGCUGAAGAGCUUUAAGGACAACUACAACACUCUGGAGAGCACGCUGUGAACCCCGACUGAGGGGGCACGGGCGGCGGUGCGUUCAAGGACAUCCCAGAAGCUGUAAAUUUGACUUUUAGAGGAGCUUUACUAUCCGGAGGAAAGCGGCUCCGUAUGCUGGUAUUUUUUUUAAAUGUUCUGUUUUUUUGUUCAGAAAACUGAAUUGCUUUAACGUACAUUUAGACUUAUAUUAUGAAGGGGAAAAAAUUCAGAAGAGGAAUUUUUUUGUUUGUUUUUGUUUGAAACAGCUUGAUAUUUAUUUUUGGUGUUAACUUAUUUAAUUAAUGCUGAUGACUUAUUUUGUUUGUAUUUCAUUAAACUAUGUUUUAAAGAAUCCAUUAAAUUAUGUUUAAAUGUUAA